GCUCGCGUCGGGUGUGGACGUGUUUUGAUACAGUUCUGUGUUUCGCGCUGAUUCCGUGGUCGUUUUUUUCGUUGUGAUUGAUGUGUAUCCGUAUACAACCACACACAAACAUUUGUAGAUUGUGUAUACUUGUUCCUCUUUCCCGCGCGCGCGUUAUUUCGCCUCUCACUCUCUCGCGGGUGCGCUUUGGGCUAGGCUGCCGCAUCCAGCAAAUGCAGGCAAGGGUGCUGCUGCUGCUGCUGCAAUUCGUGGCAACGAGUGGGACAGCUCGAUUGAUCGGUGCCGCGGUGGAUCGUGUUUGCUAGAGCAAGAGCAACCAAACAAUACGCAUUGCUCUACCCCUUGGAUUAUUCUGUUUUCACUUGUACGGGACGUGUGUGCGUGCGGAUGUGUGUCUGUGGGUGUAAAAAAAUAUUGAAGCAGACAUUUCUGGGCUGAGUUUUGAAAUCGGUGGCUGCAUUUCAAAGUGAAUAUUUCGAUGGUUUCGUGAUUGAGCCAAACAUUUCCGCGAUCGCUGGUCGGAGCUAGUUUGACUUCCACAUAAUUGGAGAAUUUCUGGAUGAAUUACUUUCGGCGGAGCUGUCAGUAUGAUUUUAUUUUUACGCCAAAGUGAGAUAGAUAAUUAAUUCCGAGAUUCGAUAUCCCAUCGCAGGACUGGCGUUUUGCAUAUGUGUGCGUGUGUCGUGUGCUGCUCUCGUACUGCAGUAGUGGUGCGUACAUGGCCAAUGGCAUCAUUUUGAUAGUGAACCUCCGAAUCUCAAAGGGCCUACACACUACCAGUAUUGUUGUCAACAAUGUUGAUGUUGUGCCUGCACAUUUGACAACCAAGUUAUCGGAAAUUUCUUCAGAAACAUUGUUGACAAAAUAGUGAUGUGAGCUUUCAUUUCCUGAAAGGUGCACUACAUUUACUUUGUAAUUGCUAAAUAUAACACCGCGUGAGUUUUGUGUGUAUGGAGCGUGAAGUGAUGAUGAUGAGCAUAAAACAUCAAUAGAAUCACAAUCGUAUGAAAGUGAGAGAAGCCGUCAGUGUAAAGUGUUUCUGCUGGUUUGACAAACAUGUUGCUUGAAGAAUGAAUUGCCCUUGUACGAUACAUAUCAACACUGUUUUAAGCUUGGAUUAACUGGUGAAUAUUGUCAAUCUCAAAUACCCAAAGCGCUUGUUGUAAAUUGUGGUGCUUCUGCUGUCUUUCCAGAUCAUUGAAGGAUAUAUUUUCCCUGGACCAUGUGGAGCAAAGUUUGAUAUCUCUUGUAUGCGAUUAAGUAGGUGGCUACCAGUGCAGUGCAGAGGAUUGGCAGCUGAAUCGGAUGAAAAUCAACAUCAACACGAAUCGAUUCAUGAAAACAGGUUCUCUGGUUCUGCUGAUGCGGCUAUAUUAUUGCUUCUCACAACCAGAGGAGGCAGUGCACGGAGUGUGAUGAUUGGUGCGGCCAGUAGUGCUACGUCAUAAUCCAACCACAGAUAAACAUGGCCAAUUGCGCUGGAAUUCUGGGCAGCCGAAACGAGAUUAUACUACAGAGAGAUGUUACAAACUCAACAUGAGUUCAACCAGAUGGAGAAGAUCGCGUCCGACCUGAUGACAAUAAUGAUCCGCGUGUUCCGUAUAUAAUUUUCCUCUCAGAAUCAUGGCAAAGUGUCCUGUGUGGUUAGUGUCCAGUGCGAAAAAAGACGCAAGUGAAUGAUAAAAUUUGUCCCGUAGUGAAAACUAGUGAGAUCUUUCGUUCUUACAAUCGAGUUUAGUUUGUAAUUAAUUUGCCGUGAAAAUGAAUUCCGUUUUCUCUGCGUUCAAAUCUUCCGGAAAGCACGAUGGCAAACAGAAGUCAUCGAACGGAAAAAAGAUCGCCCAGGAACAUCCCAGCAGCUAUGAAAAGCUGCGACACAUUCGAGAGAUUAGUUGUAGCAAGAUGAAUAAUUUGGUAGUGCUGGAUCACGUCGAGACUACCAAUGGAGGAGGACCGUCCCAAACGUGCGCUACAACGCCGGUGCAAAGUCCUUCGAGUGACAAAAGCUUGGAACUCGAGCUGACCAUCAACGGAACCGUUGUCGGCGUUGAUCAAGUUGACCGGGCAAUCCCAGUGUUCGAAAGCAGUAAUAGUCUAGAACCGCAACAGCAACUACCUUGUACGGAAACCACAAAAAUCACAACAACAACCGCAAAGGCUGAUACUCCGAGUGAUAGUUUAGUAGGGGAUAGUGUAGUAGUGAGUAAACCUCCUUCGGGAGCAUCAGCUGUACCAGCAACAAUUGUACCCUCAGCAGCAGCAGCAGCAACAGGAUCGCUAGCAACAACAACAACAACGAUCAACGGCAGUGGUGGUGGUAUUUUUGCCAUUCCCUCCGUUCCGCCGUCAACAACCAUUCCGACCAAUAAUUGUAGUACUAGUACUAGUAGCAGCAGCAGCAAUCAAUGGAGCGUUUUAAGUGCCAGCAGCCGUUUCCACAAGCCUAGGCUCAGCCUUAGCAAUAGUGUUGGUAGCAGUAGCAGUGCGAUGCCUUCGGUACAUGGUCGAUCUGUCGGCGGCAGCUGUGCGAUGGGUGGCACGGGACCAUCCGGGAUGUUGCCUCAGAAGACCCGACUGUCGACACACCAAAGAAAUCUUAGUCUAGAUUUUAGAUCAAUGGGAAUCUUAUUACCUCCAGUGUCACAGGUGACCAACACUCGAAUCAACAUGACUCAGCAUCAUCGGAAUCGGAGUUUGGAUAGUGCCCUCCAGCGGAUACCUGAGGUGGAGGUAUCUUCCCCAAGUGCCGAAUCGGAAAACACACUAUGCGUCAACAUGAAACAGGUGCCUCCGGAGGCGGAGAUGAGCAAGAAGCCUAUUGUGGUGAAGCUGUCGACAAACCCAACCAACACACCGACCAUCACGUGGGAGAUGCUGUACAACGGGGAAGUUGCUGCAAAGGCUGGAGGAAGCGCAGCUGGAUCUACGCUUGCUCCCGGAACGAAGACGGAGAAGUCCCAGAACGAAGCCAGCGAUGGUGGAAAGGAAAAUGACAGCAAAAAGAGGGAAGACUUGACCAGCCUAGGGUCGGACGAUUCCGGUAUCAUAUGCGGUUCGGAACCCGACCACACAUCGCUCACCCGAAUUCGUCGCUCCCGGGAGAGUCUCGAUUCGAGCGAAAUCGAUCCAUCGGAGGAAGAAUGCAUCGAAAUACUGGAGACGACUUCGAUGGACGAGGAAUACCGGAUGCUCCAGUCGGACCUUUGCUUCUACCAGCAGGAUCUUACCGCUGCUAGUGGUGAUGGGCAGAGCAUCUCGAGCAGCAGUAGUGGCACCGUUGGUGGUGGCGCCUGCAAGGACAACCGAAAUGUGAAAUCCAUUGACAGUGGUGGCAGUGGUGGAUCGUCACUGUCGGUGUCCAACGAUGCAAUCAUUAGCGAUAAGGUUCGCUAUCGGGAGCAUAAUAUCAACAAGGCAACUAUGAUGCUGGAGAAAAUAUGCGUACCGAUCGAGUAUGAGGAUUUGGUAGCAGCACCCACUGCUAGCAACCACGACGAGGAUGAUUGUGACGAUGAAGUGGACGCUGCGACGCCUAUCGUGGGCGACAGCAAGUCCAUCGUUUCGGAUGCGGACGCAACGACGCCACUGGCAGAAACGAAGGAAACAUCAUCCGCCACCACAACAACAAAUUCUGUGCCAAGUACCAGCCAAAAGAGUGACCAAAGAAACGAGAUUAUUUUCCGAAACUUUUUGGGUGCCACCAAGAAUGCCAUCUUUCGGACGGCACAAAGUAUAAUCGACAAUCACGAGAAAAAGAACGCGAAAAACAAGGAGAAGGAAGAGGAAAAAGUAAAAUCUCCAUCCGAAACUUCCAAGAAACGAGACUUUAGUGUUUUUGGAUCACGACUGAAAAGCAAGGAUGCGAAUAGCAAUAGUUCUAGUAAUGGCAAUGGCAAUUGUGCAAACAGUAGCAACAGCAGCAGCAGUAGUAGUAGUACUAAUACCAACAAUACUUCAAGUGUAGAUCCCCAGCAAUCUCCAGAGUCAGAAGAUAAAUGUCUUUCGAAAUCAUCGUCCACAAGCUCGUUGAAAGUGCCGGGAACGGCAGUAGCGGCUUGCACUAAUCCUAAGGAGAUAAUCGAACCACACAUCAAAGCCGAACGUGGCCAAAGUGGUCUGCUGCGGUUUUUCGAAUCACCGGUUUUUAAUAUUCACCAUGCCGUCCAGUACCUGUUCAACUCCAAAGAACCGGGUGUCCUUAGUUUUAUUGGUAACAAAAUUUUUAGUUUUCCGGAUUCGGAGGUAGAUCUGUACAUUCCCCAGCUGAUUAUAAUGUACAUGCAAAUUGAGGAACUGUCGGAAGUACUUGAUCCUUAUCUUGUCUACCGGUGUAGACAAUCGGUCGAUUUCUCCCUCAAAUGUGUGUGGCUGCUAGAGGCCUACAACUUCAACAAAGAUCCGAGCAAUAGCGGGAAUUCCAUACGAGAGCAUUUAUCGUUGUUAAAAGAACUGUAUCCAAGACACGAGCGAAGGCAACACUUGCGAGCAAUAGAACCUGUAAUUAAUGCCAUUAAGAAAACUCAUCAUCGUUCCCAAUCCGACGCAACGGGGUUGUUGGGAUCGAAUGCGCUAGCUUCCAGACUGUAUCCGGCCCCUGCAAGACCACUUUGCCUCGGUGAUCUGAGCAGCGGACGAGCUUUCGACAAUGGUUGUGUGUGUUUUGAGACUGUCCAGGGAACGGUUAACGAUCUGCUCGGCCAGCAAACUGUUUGCUCCUGUGGCGCUCCCAAGCUAACCCCAGAGAAGGAAUUCAUGAAAUCGCUAAUCGACAUUGGCCGCAUGCUAUCUGCGCUACAGACUAAAAUGGAGAAAACCUCCCGACUGCGAAUACUCCUCAACCUAAUCAACAAGAACCUUCCAGCACGUGUUUGGCUUCCACUGCAGUCCGAAGUGCCGCAUCAUGUCGUCCGAAUAACGGAGGAAAAAAUGGCUGUCCUCAACUCCAAGGACAAAACUCCUUACAUCAUCUAUGUCGAAGUGGUCGAGGUAAACGAUAUCUACACAUCACCUGUCAUUCCCAAAAUGAUGCCCACUCUGAGGCACACGAAGAGCGAAGAGAGGCUAGACAGCAGCAGUGUCGUCAACACUGCCAACGGCUCCACGGCGGCGGAUACGAAUUCCACGGCGGCGGUCGGCGAUCGAGGAGCUGAGUAUUUGAGCUCACACACCGGUGCCAAAUUGUUGGCAGGCUCCAGUGGGGACAUAUCUUUGCACUCGAACCCAGCGGCGGGAGUUGCAAUGUUGGGUGGAUUGUACAAUUUCGGACUGACAGAGGAUGACGUCUGGUCCCAGGAGGACGACGAGAUUACCGCUCAGUAUCUGAACUACAUGAGUCAAGAGCGGGAUAGUAUCUCCCAGAAUUCGAUGGAUUCCUACGACUCGAGAGAACAAGGAGGGAACGCUUACUUCAACAUUGGCGAUGUGCGAACUCGUCACCGCGAGAAUCUAAGUUCGGAAAGUAAGAAACCGUUUAGUUCGGACCCGGAGGAUCCGUCGGCUGCCAUUUUGAAGGAACCGUGGUUGGAAAAGGAGAGACACAUUAGGGAAAGUUCUCCCUAUGGCCAUCUGCAGAAUUGGAAGCUGCUCUCGGCCAUCGUAAAGUGUGGAGACGAUCUGCGGCAAGAGUUGAUGGCGACGCAAUUGCUGGAGAUGUUCAAACUAAUCUGGGACGAGGAAAAUGUCGGGUUGUGGGUGCGACCGUACAAAAUCGUCUGCCUGUCGAACGAUUCUGGUUUGAUCGAACCAAUCCUGAACACGGUAUCGCUGCAUCAGAUCAAAAAGAACUCCAACAAGAGUCUGUGUGAUUACUUCCUGGACGAAUACGGCGGGGAUAAACAUUCGCAGCAAUUCCUAGAGGCGCAGUAUAACUUUAUGAGUUCCUGUGCGGCAUACUGUCUGAUAUCGUACCUGCUGCAGGUGAAGGAUAGACACAAUGGUAACAUACUGCUGCAUGCCGAUGGUCACCUGAUCCAUAUCGAUUUUGGAUUCAUCCUCAGUAUAUCCCCUAAGAAUCUAGGUUUCGAGCAAUCUCCAUUCAAACUGACGCCGGAAUUUGUGGACGUAAUAGGCGGUCCUUCGUCGCAGCUGUGGAUCGAAUUUAAGCGUUUGUUGCUCGAGGGUCUCAAAGCUGCCCGCAAGCACAUGGAUCGGAUAAUCAACGUUGUGGAGAUCAUGAGAAGCAGCUCCCAGUUGCCGUGCUUCAGGAAUGGCUACUCCGGAACGGUGCGUAACCUGCGCAAUCGGUUCCACAUGAAUCUGACCGAGCAAGAGCUGGAGCGCAAGGUCGAACAGUUGGUGCUGGAGUCGCUCAACUCGGUCUCGACCAAGCUGUACGAUCGGUACCAGUACUUUACCAAUGGCAUUUUGUGAGAGCGAUUCUUCAUGAAAAUCUAAGCGAAUUUGCGCUGUUCAUCAGUAAUGAACAGCACUGAACACCACUCGGCCAUAAACAGAUGAAAACAAUUAUUGAAAAGUACAAAAAAGUUUCUAUUGAUGUUCGUUCGUUCGUUCGUUCGUAAACAAAAAUCACACAGCAAACAAACAAAAAAAAACAUCGACGCAGAACACAAACACACAUUCAUUCUUUUAUUUCUCUUUGUUGUCCGUCUUUGGGAUGAGUCGCAAACGACGAAGAAAAUGUGCUUAUUGUGUAUAUGUUGUGUAAAUAUAAAUAUAAAUAUAAAUACAUAGAUGAGAACAGUAAUCCCUAGUGAAAUAAAGAAACAGCUGUAUAGAGAAUAGAGAUGAUAUUAGUGGAAAAGCGGCGGUUUUUCUGUGAAAAACCUAUUUUCUAACAAUUUUUUACUAUGAGUAAGAAAUGUUUGUAGAAAUAAGAGUAGAUGAAUGCCGGACAACUAGAGAAAGCAGAAGAGAGAGAUCGUGCAUAUUAACAUGGCAACAGAAAAGAAUGAUAACAAUGCAAACAAAUCGACUAAGAUAUAUUAUAGUUCACAUUCACAUUUUAACGGUACUCUUUUUUGGUAUAUAACGUCGAUUUUAAUUAAGAAGAAAGACAGUUGUAACAUUUCGUACAUAUUAAUAGCUAAAUGAUAACAGGUGAGAAGUAAAGUAAAACAAUUGAGCCAGAGUGUAUCCAAAUUCAUUUUCGCUAAAUUAUAGGCUAAAAACAAACGUAGCUUUUGGUAGUCAAGUCAUGUCAUCACAUAGGAGGAUAGGUCAUAAAUGUAUAUAGCUCUCAUUCUCAAGCUUAGCUUCUAUACUAUGAAUUAUUCAAAUAGUAUAUACAACUUUUUUUUAUUGUAAUCUGACAGAAAUUCAAAUCAGUUUUCUGCUAAUUUAGUGAGCGCUACGAGAAAGUUAAUCAUAGGAAAGCUCGUUAUGUUGAUUGUUGAUGUAUUGCAAAAGGGGUAAGCAGGCAGAAUGAAAGGUAAUUUUAUGGCGAAGCAAUUGUCUAUCCUAUCUCAUCCGUAGAGUCAACUUUAUACGACAAUUAUUUGUUUUUCGCUAUUCCCGCGAGAUAAAAAAAACACAAACGAAAGACUUACUCGUUCUAUUUUGUUUGUUGCAAUUUAAUGUAUAAAAAUAUCGGAUCAUUAACAUACGAGGUUCAAGUUUAAAGGGAUUUAAAGCUCUUGGAGACAAAGUUCGUUAUCCUUCUUCACAUCUUUACAUAGAAGUAAUAUCUCAAAACACAUACGCGCAGAAUUAACAUCCUUAUACAAUGAUGAACAUCUUACUCUACAUCUACUGUAAUAAUUCUAUUCGUCUAAACUUUUUGGUUUCACUACUACCGUUGUUGCAAGAUUCCUAACAUGUUCCACUAAGAGAGAAAGCAUUCAUUUCGUAUGCAAACGAACGGAGAUAUACUCAUAUGAUGGGAAAAAACAAAAAAAAUAUAGCAGAACUGCAAAUACUCGCGACGGAAAUCAAAUCAAAUCUGUACAGAUAAAAUAAAGUAAAACAACUCCCAUACCGUGGAUAGUUCAAGCCAAAUUAGAGAUCCAGAGAUGCGAUCGAAUCGAACGCAUUUCUCAAUAAUUCACCACACAGAGGUUUUUUUUUUCUUUAAUCGUGUUUUAAUUGAUGGCUAGGGUUUAUCGUUUUACGUUUUUCCCUCCCCCUCACGCGUUUAUAUCAAUUCUUUACCUACAUAAAUCAAAAUUUGAACUUAUUGGUGAGUGAAGAAGAGAGGUACUGGUACUGGUACCCGGACCGAGUGUCGAAAAAACCGUAGAUAGCUUUUUCAUAUAUACAUAUUAUAACUAAACAUGAGAAGAUAGGAAACAAAAAGAAUGCUGGUGCAACAAAGAAGAGGUGUGUUGUGUUGGAGAGAUGAAUUCGACAGUUAUUGUCCUAUAUUUAUAAAAUGUAGCGGAACACACAGCAGACGCAGACGCAGACGAGAAACAAACAGAAAAAAGCCCUGACGGAAGAAUAUUCUUUUAUGCUAACUCUAAGAUUAUUGACUAAUUUUGGUAACUGAUAACGAUUAAUAUUACAGAAAAUUGAGAUAAAUAAAUAAUGAUACGUA